GGGACCGACAAAGAACGGGCUUAUCACGCUGGAGCUCUGUCCACCAUCACCGCAAAAAGCUGCCAAUAUUGGCAGUGCCCUGGAAUUAAUGGAUUUAAUUGGUCCAGCAGUUCUGGGCAAUAACGAUAGCAGUAACGAUAACAAUACUAACAACAGUAACAGUAACAGUAACAGUAACAGCAACAGUAAUAGUAACAGUAAUAGUAGUAUUACUAUUAACAAUAUUAAUGUAUCCGAUAUCCAGAAUUCGGAAGAUAACAAAAGUACCGGAUCAUUAAAAUCGGAACCAAUGCCAUUAAUUGAUGAAUUAGCAACAGUAUCACCGUCUUCAUCAACCGUUGAACAAAGCAGUAGCACACCUGAAUCGAGGAUUCGAAUUACUACAAGUCCCGGUGAUAAUAAUAGCAGAUCGAUCACUGAUCCGUCACCAACAAUGAUGGAAAAAGCUGAACGGCCAAGUUUAAGCUAUAAAGAUCUCAUCAUUGAGGCCAUUGAAAGUAGUCCGGAAAAACGGUUAAAAUUAAAUGAAAUUUAUCAAGUACGUCAUUUUUUUUCUCUGUUAUUUAAAUAA